AUGUCGCCCCAAAAGUCUACGAUGGGUCCGCCUCCAGGCAGACCCACGCACCACACAUCUUCACAACUCAGAACGGCCCCGGAGUCACAGAUCCGAGAGUCACAGAUCCGAGAGUCACUUAUCCCAGAGUCGCAGAUUCCAGAGUCGCAGAUUCCAGAGUCGCAGAUUCCAGAGUCGCAGAUGCUAGAGUCACAGUUCACUGAGACCAGUUUUGAUGAUACCAUGAUGGAGUCCCAAGAUACGGAUACCAUCGGAUUCCCCGAUGACUAUGACGAUGAACCUUCAUUCUCUCAACCGACCGAGAUGCCACAGCCAGCACAACAUAGCACUGUCAAGUUAAUCACGCGCAAAGAUAACUUUCAAACAGCAGAGGAGCUUGCAGUUGGUUUCAACUAUAGCAAGCCCCCGACACCACACCCCAUGUUGACUGCUCCAGCUUCUCGGCAAAAAGACCCAGCUCGGUGCCCUCCUGCCAUCUCAAUACGGCAAUCACAAGCACAGCAAGACCAAGUCGUGACCGAUAUGCCAGACCCCAGCGGUACGUUUGCCGGAGCAGAUGUAUCCCAGGACAGGGCGAAGCCGACUGUCGGUCCCGUUGCACACGCGAGCACUAGCAGACACAACGAACCAACCGUUAUUGGUGAUCAGCCACGAUCGGAGCACAGCUUCCAUGAAGACGAAGAGGUGAAUGCGAUGCCGGCAGACACUGUUCCAAAUUCGCCGGAUUUCCCAUUUCAGGAUGCAGGCAGUCCUGCGAAAAGAAUGAGCCGAAGUCGAAAGGCCAUCCCGGCUCCAGCCUUCCACAACCCACCUAAGCUCCCAAAGAACAUCGCGGAUAUCCAGCGGGUAGCUCUGUCUCAGGCUUCUCCAAGACGUCGUGGCCUUGCGACGGCGAGGGCCUCAACGAAUACUUCGGGAAGGGCAACCAACAAGUCUGUGGCGGCUCAGGUUGCUCCACCCCACGAAUUUCCGGCGGAACCCCAGAAGCGAUCACAUCACCACGAACGUCAAGUCCACAACGAACGUCAAGUCCACAACGAACGUCAAGACCACCACGAAAGUCAAGACCGCCAGGAAUGUCAAGACCACCACGAACGUCAAGACCGCCAUGAACGUCAAGGCCGUCACGCCCCUCCAGGUGAUCUUGCUUUCCAUGCCCAGGGCACUCCAACGAGACGGUCCCGUGCUGCCCAGGGCAAUCCAACGAAACGGUCCCGCGCUGCUGAGUACGCAAUCCAGGUCAUGAAUCGACCUCGCGCACCUCAAGUCACGACUCGACCUCUACCCAUGGUUAAACCGGUCGAGGAACGCGCGGCAUCAGUUGCAUCAGCGGCAUCCGUUCGGUCGCGUUCCCGAGCUUCGAAUAUAGGAGUUUCGCGCGCACCGCCGAGGAAGUCUCAUCGGAAGCCGUCAAGCCACACCUUGGAAGGAAGUAACAGACGUCGCAGCGAUAUGGCUAAAGCAUGGAACAUCAGUGCUCUCUAUGACAUCGAGCUUAGAGAUAACUGGGCUAAGAAGAUUGAAUCGUUGUCGAACCAAGUUACUGCGCGGGAGGAGGAGAUCGAAUGUUUUACUGAACAAAUCAAGGAACGAGAUCAAGCAAUCGCUGGUUUACUGAACGAGAACGAAGAAGCCGAAGCUUCGUAUCAAUACCAGCAGGAGCGUCUAGCUAAUUCGUCGGCUAAGAUCAAGAGACUCGAAGAGAACCUACAAAGUUGUCGUGAUCACUUGAACAAAGCUACCAAGGAACAGCAGGACCUCUACGAAACUUGCAUGGGAAAGUGUCAAAAGGCAAUCGAAGCAAUCAAAGCCGAUGAGAAGAUCCGUCAGGAGGCCAUGGGAGAAGCCAUCCGGGUCUCCGAGUCAACUAGAGCCGAGAUGGAGCAGAAGGUUGCCGCUGUCGUGAGCGAGUCCCAGAAUGAGUUCGAGCAGUUGAACAAGACUAUCACGACGCUCAAGGUUCAGCUGACAGAACGCGAGAACGAAGUCGGCCGCGAGAAAGAACAUGCUAAAGACCUUCGCGAGCAGUUGUCACAGAUCAACAAUCUGAAUGCCGAAGCGGUUCACUCUCUGGGCGAGCGAAACAAGCAGCUGACGGAAGAUACGGAGCGAGACCGAUCCCAGGCUGAGAGCACACAAUUCUGCGUACAACAGCAGAACGAAAAGAUUGAAACGAUCCUCAAGGCACUAGAAGAGGCAAGAUCCGCUGCUCUUGAUCCAAACACGUUGGUCGAGAGUCUCAAGACCAUUCAGACAGAGGCCAUCGAAGCCAUGAUCACAGGCGUACAUGAUGCUAUUUCAGCCAACCAGUCACCUUCUGAGAGCGAUCGAAUCUUGAGCAAGAACAUUGAGUCAAUCCGCACUAGUUGUCAAGACCUCUGCGAAAGAAUCCGCAACCAGGAACAGGCUUCAGAGUGGGAGGAAAAGUUUCGCAAUACUAAUCGGGUCAAGGAAGAACAAGCGCAGAAGAUCAAUCAGCUCAAAGACCAAAUCAACCAGAUGCAAAACGAAGCCAACGCUCGAAAAGCAGCCGAAGAACAGCUUAAACGAGAAGUUGAGGCCCUCAAGAACGCCGCGAAUGCCAAUAACGAGGCACAACAACAAGCCGAGAGUCUCAAAACCCAGAUGGUCUAUCUCAGGCAGGGACUCAGCGAGAAAGAGCUAGCCAUGACCCAAUCAGAUGAGAAACUGACAGCUGCGCAGGAGGAAGUCAAGGUCCAGAGCCGCAAACUACAAGACAAAGAAGACCAGAUACGCAGCGAUUGCGAGAAGCACAAGCAGGCAAUCAAUACCAGUAUUCAACAAGGGAAGCAGGCAGUUACCGAGGCUGUGGCAAAAGAGGCACAGAAAGCCCAAGGAGAACAAGAGGAGCUGCAGAAACGCCUACAGGAUGCUGAAACGACUUGCGUCCAGCUUCAACAGGAUCUCCUGGGGGCACAGGAGGCAGCGAAGGACGUGACCAACAUGGAGGAAACCUUCAGAGGUAUGCAAGACGAGAUGGCCAUGCUGCUGAAACUGGUGAAAACGUUCACACCGGAAAUACAAACGUCUGAGGCUUCGAAACAAGCCCUUCAAAAGGGGCUUGAGGACUGGGCGGAUGAUAGACAUCAACUUGGACAGCUCGACCAGGUCGUACGAAGGCUUACCAGCGAGCAACCCAAAUCGGCCGAGGUGAACAAACAGAUGAUGGAGUUCCUUGACAUUCAGAAGAAAUUGACAGCCACUUCUGAGCACUAUGGAGGCCGGCUGACUCAUCACCGCACAGCCAUUGACGGCAGCCAAGCCGCUGCAUCGACGAGCAACGCUGAUGGCGUCAAGAAAAGCGCAUCCCAACAAGAUGCUAUAGAUCAACUCGCAUACCACCGACGAGUUGUAAUCAAAUCCCCAAUUACCGACGCUGACGAUGCUUUGAUCUCACCUAUGUCUGUGGAGCAGGAGAAGACUACCAGGCGUCAAAUUGCUGCUCCACGGGGCAUCAUCAAGAGAGUUACCCGGAGCGCAUCGAAAGAACUGGAAUCCAUGGAGAAAGGCGACGCUUCUGUGCACACUCCCAUCCAAAAGGAGACACCCGUACCGAAUAAGCGAAGAGUAGCAAAAUGUGGCUCAAAGGUGCCUCCAGUCAGCCACAGCUCUUAUAACCGCCCCGUGGCCGGGUCGAUCGAGGGAGGUCAGGACCAAGACGCCGAGCUGCCUGAACCCACGAAACCAUCGCAGACUCGCAAGCGCAGCACUAGCACACGGCCUGAGGCUCCGAUAGAGUAUACGAGUCCAGAAGCCGGUCUAAAUUCUCGCAAUGAAGUUAUGAGCAGUGUCGAUCGUCGUGCUAAGCGGCUUCGACCGGAAAACCAGAGGCCCAAACUAUCUCGCUCCAUGUCUGUGUACUUCCCCGAACCUGUCGAAAGGGAGAAGAAGCCUCAGCUAUCGCAUUCGCAACCGCAGCCCAUGCGUGGUGGUCCUCUGAAGAGAAAGCCGUCUUCCAUCAUCACAUACGGAACCCGAGAACCAUAA